UCUCCUGUGUCAGUCAUGGCUUCCUCCAGCAGUGUCCUGAGUGAAGAUCAGCUCCAGUGCUCCAUCUGUCUGGAUGUGUUCACUGAUCCAGUUACGACUCCAUGUGGACACAACUUCUGUAUGAUCUGUCUCAGAGAGUUCUGGGACAGCAGUUCACACUGUCAGUGUCCAGUGUGUCAAACUAAUUUUGCCAAAAGACCGGAGUUAUGUGUGAAUACGUUCAUCUCUGAACUUGCUGCUCCAUUUAAGAAGGCAGUUCAGGUGAAAUCCAGCAGCGCUGCAGAAAAACCCACACAAUCUGUGGUGCUCUGUGACGCCUGCUGUGAAAAGAAAUGUGCAGCCGUGAAGUCCUGCCUGAUCUGUAUGGCCUCUUACUGCAAGAUUCACCUGGAACCUCAUGAGAGAAUUUCUUCUUUUAUGAAGCACAAACUGAUGGAUCCUGUGGAGAACCUGGAGGACUACAUCUGCCUGAAGCAUGAGAGACCCCUGGAGCUGUUCUGUAAAGACGACCAGACGUGUGUGUGUCAGUUCUGUACUGAGGGAGAACACAAAACUCACACCACUGUUCCUAUAGAGGACGAGAGUGAAGAGAAGAAGACUGAGUUGGGAAAGACACAAGCAGAACUUCAGCAGAUGAUCCAGGAGCGAGUGAAGAAGAUUGAGGAAAUCAGACACUCUGUAGAACUCAAUAAAAAAAACACAGAGAAGGAGAAAGCAGACAGUGUGAAGGUCUUCAGUGCUCUGAUGUGCUGCAUUGAGAGAAGUCAGGCUGAGCUGCUUAAGGUGAUGGAGGAGAAGCAGAAAGCAGCAGAGAUGCAGGCUGAAGAGUUCGUUAACGAGCUGGAGCAGGAAAUCACUGAGCUAAAGAGGAGAAACACUGAGCUGGAGCAGAUCUCACACACUGAGGAUCACCUCCACCUCCUACAGAUUUACCCGUCACUGUGCAGCCCUCCACACACCCAGGACUGGACUGACGUCACAAUUAACUCUCAUCUGAGUGAGGAGACUCUGAGGAGAGCUCUGUCUCAGCUUCAGGAAGCUCUCAGUGAGGAAAUGCAGAAGGUUGAAGAGAUUAACCUGAAGAGAAUUCAACAAUAUGCAGUGGAUGUGACUCUGGAUCCUGAUACAGCGAAUCCUUAUCUCAUCCUGUCUGAUGAUGGGAAACAAGUGAAACAUGGAGACAAGAGACAGAAUCUCCCUGAUAACCCAGAGAGGUUUGAUCGUUGUGUCGAUGUGCUGGGAAAGGAGGGAUUCUCCUCAGGGAGAUUUUACUAUGAGGUGCAGGUCAGAGGGAAGACUGAGUGGGAUUUAGGAGUGGCCAGAGAGUCCAUUAACAGGAAAGGGAAGAUUAGAGCCAGUCCUCAAGAUGGAUACUGGAGUGUGUGUCUGAGGAAUGAGACUGAAUAUGAGGCUCUGGACUCUCCUCGUGUCCCCCUCUCCUUGAAACGGGCUCCUCAGAAGGUGGGGGUGUUUGUGGAUUAUGAGGAGGGUCUGAUCUCCUUCUAUGAUGUUGAUGCAAAAUCUCACAUCUACUCUUUCACUGGUCAAAAUUUCACUGAGAAACUUUAUCCAGACCUUAGUCCCUGUGUCAAUGAUGGAGGUAAAAAUUCAGCACCACUGAUCAUCUGCCCUGUUAAUAAGAUCUAAUCAUCGCUUUUAUUACCUCGCCUGGGACGGAUUCCUCCAGGGGGCGAGGUAUCGUUUUCGGUCGUGUUUCUUUUGUUUUUUUUGUUCACAAUAUUAUGGGAAAAUGGCUGGAUCAAUCUUCAUGAAACUUUCAGGAUAGAUGGACAUUGGUUUCAAAUAGAACCUCCAACAUUUUGAGGGUCAUCUGGUCAAGGUCACCAAAAAGGUCAAAAUUGUUUUUGUUGUGUCUACUGCCUCAUAUAGAGGCGCUAGCCACUACGCCAUCGUGCUGUAAGAAUGUGAGUGUAAUAGUCGCGCACUGUACAUGCGCAUACACGUGUUCCUAUUAAAAUGUCCGGUGAGUGUAUACAAUUCGGUUCACCAUUCAGAAUAAAUGGACGAGACUAAAGAAAUCGCUUUCAGACAUGUUUAUGCUUAUUACAGAGGGAAAGUGUGUUUCACUGAGCUCUAGCUCAUAAGAGUUUGGGUCGUGGUGACAGCAUGUGUAUGUCAACCUCGGUUCAGAGGUUUCAGUUUUGAAAACUGUAAGAGGUAGGAGUAGAAUAAUAUAAAGUACAGACACUUGGUAUAUUUUACUUCUGUGAUUUUUAAAUUGACGGGCGGCACGGUGGUGUAGUGGUUAGCGCUGUCGCCUCACAGCAAGAAGGUCCUGGGUUCGAGCCCCGGGGCCG